CGCGACGCAUGAGUUUUUCCCGUAAAACUUUAUUGAAAGACAAAGAACAAUGUACAACCUGACUGCGAGUGGGAUCUGACGUGCGGAAGGGGAAGGAAAGGCAGCGGGCUGUUUUGGAGUUUCUCGUCACACGCCGUGAACCUCACCAUGGAUCCUGCACUUUUGAGAGAUCGGGAGCUCUUCAAAAAGAGAGCUUUAAGCACUCCUGCAGUAGAAAAGCGCUCAUCUGAGUCUAAGAAGAAGAAAGCUAAACUUGAUACUGGUGGGACAUCCAGUUCCAAACAGACCUCAGAUGGAAGCAAUGGAUCAUUUAACCUCAAGAGCCUUUCCGGGUCUUCUAACUACAAGUUUGGAGUUCUUGCAAAAAUUGUAAAUUAUAUGAAGACACGACAUCAGCGUGGUGACACACAUCCGCUAUCACUGGAGGAAAUCUUGGAUGAAACACAGCACCUUGAUAUUGGAAUGAAACAAAAACAAUGGCUCAUGUCAGAGGCUUUGGUGAACAAUCCUAAAAUUGACAUUAUUGAUGGUAGAUAUGCAUUCAAGCCCAAGUACAACUUAAAGGAUAAAAAGGCCCUAUUGAGGCUCCUGGACAAGCAUGAUCAAAGAGGACUAGGGGGGAUCUUGCUGGAUGACAUAGAAGAAGGGCUUCCUAAUGCACAGAAAGCUAUAAAGGCUUUGGGAGAUCAAAUUAUAUUUGUGACAAGGCCAGACAAGAAGAAAAUCCUUUUCUACAAUGACAAAAGCUGCCAGUUCACUGUAGAUGAAGAAUUUCAGAAGCUGUGGAGGAGUGUCCCAGUGGACUCCAUGGAUGACGAGAAGAUUGAGGAGUACCUGAAGAGACAAGGCAUUUCCUCCAUGCAGGAAUCUGGACCAAAGAAAGUUAUUCCAGUACAGAAGCGGAAGAAGGCAAACUCCCAGAAGAAGCGGAGAUUCAAGACUCACAAUGACCACUUGGCGGGCGUACUGAAAGAUUACACAGAUGUGACUCCCGGCAAACAAUAGGAAAGCCGCAGUCUUUGGGAGUAAGGAUGUUUACAGAAGAGCAGGGGCUAUUUUGCUCUUAUUGCCUUGGAGCCUUAACCUGACUCCUCAUCAUCCAGACCUUUCAGUCAUGUGUUACUUUCUCCCAUCCAUUAUUACAGACUAUUUCAGUUCUGUCCUUUAGGCUCAUGUUAUAGAUUACAUGAUUGAACAAUCUCAAUGAGCCUGAUGAUGGCUGAAACUGAUCCCAAGUGCUUGUUGUGUGGAUACAGCAACUGUCUGAACUCUCAAGUUGUCUUCACUGUAAAUACUGUAAUUUCUGGAAAAAUUAUAUUUUUUUUUUGCUUUUUGUUGCUUUACAUCCUACUUACAGACAAUAUUUUAUAAGAAGCAUUGCAGUGUCUACUUGCCUUUUUGUGUUUCAAUAAAAAUCAUUUCUUUUCUGGAGUGAAAAUGUGAGAAGAGGUAACUCCAUUCUAUGAAAAAGUUGUUAGAUCCACAGAAAGGGAU